CCUCGCGUCGACGGCGCGGAGCCGCCGGGAUGUGAAGAAAAACAAUGACACUCCAAUGGGCGGCAGUUGCAACUUUUCUUUAUGCUGAAAUUGGACUCAUUUUAAUCUUCUGUUUACCUUUUCUUCCUCCUCAGAGAUGGCAGAAGAUUUUUUCAUUUAGUUUCUGGAGCAAAAUUGCAACUUUUUGGAACAAGGCUUUCCUUACCAUUAUAGUCCUAUUGAUUGUUCUAUUUCUAGAUGCUGUGAGAGAAGUAAGGAAGUAUUCUGCCACUCAUAUCCUUGAAAAGAGCUCACGCCCCAGACCUGAUGCCUAUGAACAUACACAGAUGAAACUUUUUAGGUCUCAAAGAAAUCUUUACAUUUCUAGAUUUUCAUUAUUUUUUUGGCUAGUAUUGAGACGUCUGGUUGUACUUAUUACUCAGCUGGCAAAAGAACUGUCAAACAAAGGAGUACUUAAAACUCAAGCAGAAAAUACUAACAAGGCUGCCAAAAAAUGUAUGGACGAGAACAAAAAACUAAAAUGGAUCUUGAAAAGCUAUGGCAAGGAUGAGGAACAUAUGUGGGAAGCAGAAAACAAAAAACUAGUAGAAGAACAGGAAAAACUGAAAACUGAACUAAAGAAGACAUCAGAUGCCCUUUUGAAGGCACAAAAUGAUGCGAUAACAAUGAAGAUGCAAUCAGAGAGACUUUCCAAAGAAUAUGAUCGACUCCUGAGAGAACAUUCAGAGCUUCAGGGUCGUUCAGGGUCGUAAGAAAGACCUGUGAACUUUAUGAAAGAAGAUUGUGAUACAUCGUGUCAAGAUAAUAAAUUUGUUAUCAUUUUUGCCUCUAGAAAAUUUAAAAUUCAGUUCAUAAAAAUGUACUGACUGUCAGUAAUUUUUUUAAUGGCGUACAUAAGUCGUAUCAUAAUGGCAUUAUCAAAAUAUUUGAUGAUGUUUUAGAUAUAUUAUAAAAUCUAUACUCUAG